CCCACUAGGUCUUACUAGGCUAUGUAACAGGGGCAGGGUUCGUGAUGUUGACAAACGAAAUACGUUCCCAACCACACCAUUUCCAUCCCCUGACAAAGAGUGUUACUGGAGCGUUGGCUCGUGGCCCUGUGGAGUCAAAUAAACGGCGCUGAGAGCCCACUCACAACCAUAGUACUAGUCAGCCUAGCCUAUGACAAGCCGUUCGGAAGCAGCUGUCAUUUCUCGUUGUAAAGCGGAUACUGAGGUUGGAUCUCUCCAGGUAUGGCAUGUCCAGCAGAUGAGAUCAAGGAGCCUCUUGAGAAAUGGCUCGGAGCGACGACACACCAGGACCGCCGACGGACUCUGCGGGGAGUAUCGUUUAUCGACGUCAAUGUGAACGGGUACACUGAGCCGACCCUAUUUCAGCACACGUUCGCUAGCUAUGUGUUACUCCUUCCCGUAUACCUUAAGGCUCUGUUGGGAGUCAGACACAGGCAGAAGGUACAAAUUCUGCGGAACUUGGAUGGCUUCGUUCGUCCGGGAGAGAUGCUCCUGGUGCUGGGACGUCCCGGAAGUGGCUGCACAACGUUCCUCAAGACAAUGGCAGGUGAUAUACAUGGGCUGAAGGUCAAUGGGGGUGAUAUUAAUUAUCAGGGUCAGAAUCUCGUUCACCGAAAUGCACCGCAAAUACCAAGGUGAGAGCAUCUACAUGGCCGAAAAUGACGUUCAUUUUCCUGAGCUGGCGCUGGGGGAAACCUUGUCCUUUGCCGCAGAAAUGAAGCCACAAGGACACAUGUCCGCCAGGGAGAUCGGUUCCAUAACAGCCACCCUCUUCGGACUGGGUAAAUCACUGCAUACACAAGUGGGGAACGAGAUGAUUCGUGGGCUCAGUGGCGGCGAGAAACGACGAACGAGUAUUGCAGAAGCGUUCCUAGCUAGAUGUCCCAUUCAGUGUUGGGAUAACAGCACACGCGGACUGGACAGUGCGAAGGCGCUGAACUUUGUCCGGAAGCUGCACCGGGCCACAAAUGCAUUGGGCUCGACAGUUAUGACAACUAUCUACCAGGCUCCUGAGGCUGUGUACCAGGAAUUUGAUAAGGUGCUGCUGCUGUAUGAGGGGCGACAGAUCUACUUUGGCCCUGCCGAGAAGGCUGCGGAAUAUUUUAUCCGCUUAGGUUUCAUCCGCCCCCCGCGUGCGACGACGGCGGACUUUCUGACCUCAUUGACAAAUGCAAAGGAACGGAGAGUACGGCCUGGCUUCGAGGCCCAGGUGCCCAGGACGCCGGACGAGUUCGCCGUGGCAUGGCGACGGAGCCCUGAGUGGCAGGCCAUACGAAAGGAAGUAGAAGAAUUUGACCAAUUGCAUUCCCCUUUAGACCGUGAACGAGAUCAUCCUGUGAUCUACCAAACGACUGUUGCUCAUCAGGUUCGUACCUGCCUGGGCAGGGCCUUUGUCAGGUCGCGCCACAGCGUGCCAGGAAUCGUAUCUGGAGUCAUCGGCAACAUUAUCCUCGCCAUCAUCCUGGGGAGUGUGUUUUACAACCUCGCAGAGGAUACGGCUAGCUUCCAAGCUCGUAGUAUUCUGAUCUUCUACGCGACCAUGAUGAACGCCUGUCUUCCAGCGUUCGAGGUGAACACUUUGUGGGCGCAGCGGCCCAUUGUGGAAAAGCACACCCAGUACGCCUUCUACCACCCCGUGGCAGAAGCCAUCGCGUCGAUGCUUGCCGACCUGCCUGUCAAAGUCGUUACCUCGCUCUUCUUUAACCUGUGUAUCUACUUCUUGACCAAUCUGCGGCGCAGUGCUGCCGCAUUCUUCAUCUUCUGGUUAUUUGGUUUCGUGGUCAUGGUGACCAUGUCCAUGAUCUUUCGCUCGGUCGGAUCUCUGUCACGCACCUACGCCCAAUCUCUAGCCCCGGUAGCCAUUAUGAUAUUUAACUUUGUUAUAUAUGCGGGUUUUGUAAUCCCGCCACACUCCCAAGUUCCUUGGCUCAGUUGGAUCAGGUGGUUCAACCCAAUUGCGUAUGCCAAUGAGAGCUUGAUGAUCAACGAAUUUGGCAACCGUCAGUUUCCCUGCUCCAUAACAGUACCGUCUGGACCAUCAUACAGUGGCGGUAGCAUGGAUGGCAAAGUCUGUUCAGCAAUUGGGGGCGUGCAGGGAGAAUCCUUUGUCGAAGGAAAUCGGUACCUCAAUGUCAAGUAUGGCUAUACGUUAGAUCAUCUGUGGAGGAAUCUCGGGAUUCUUUUUGCUUUGAUGGUUGCCUUUUUUGUUGUUCAUCUUCUCGCUGCUGAGUAUAUUCAGGCACAAAAGUCCAAAGGUGAUAUCCUGCUCUACCGUCGAAAGCAUAUCGCUCACCAGCCACCGGAGGACGAGGAAAAUGCUGAAAGUUCAAUACAGACCAAGGACAUCACCAUCCAUCGCCCGAGCCCAAUACAAGAACCUGAAGUACAUAUGGAAGGGCUGGCGAAGCAGUCAUCCAUCUUCAAUUGGACUGGUGUAGGGUACGAUGUUAAGGUGGGCAAGGAGGUGCGUAAUAUCCUUGACGAAAUCGACGGCUGGGUAGCCCCGGGCACUGUAACGGCUUUGAUGGGCUCGACGGGAGCCGGGAAGACCACUCUUUUAGAUGUGCUGGCCAGUCGAAAGUCCAUUGGGAUCGUUCGUGGUGAUAUUCACAUCGACGGCAGACCGCUAGAGAGGUCUUUCCAACGCAAGACGGGGUACGUGCAGCAGAGCGAUAUUCACCUGUCAUCGGCAACAGUUCGUGAGGCGCUCCAAUUCAGCGCCCUCCUCCGACAACCGCGAAAUCGGUCGAUAGCGCAGAAGCUUGCGUAUGUGGAUACGGUGCUGCGCAUGUUAGAGAUGGAGUCAUAUGCAGAUGCGGUUGUUGGAGUGCCUGGGAAAGGGCUCAACAUCGAGCAGCGCAAGCGAUUGACGAUUGCAGUGGAGAUGGCAGCCCGACCAGAGUUUCUCCUCUUCUUGGAUGAACCCACGUCAGGACUUGACAGUCAGACGGCCUGGUCAAUCUGUACCCUGUUGCGUAAGCUUGCGGACAACGGGCAAGCAAUCCUGUGUACUAUUCACCAGCCAUCCUCGGAGCUAUUCCAGAUGUUCGAUCGACUUUUGCUUUUGCAUGAAGGCAAGACCGCUUAUUUUGGAGAUGUGGGUAGUUCCGCAAGCACAUUAAUCGACUACUUUGAGCGGGCAGGUGCCCGGUCCCCAGAAGAAGGGGAGAACACAGCCGAAUGGCUUCUUGACGUGGCAAACUCUGCCGCUGCCUUAAAGUGGUCUGAUAUCUGGAGAGCAAGCGCAGAGAGACAAGCUGUGCAGCAACAAAUCGCUAGGAUGCGGACCGAUUCUGAUGGCGUGGGAGCAACGACAACCACUGGGAGCAUCGAAGACCACGACUAUGCAUCCACAUCUUUACAGCAGUUAUGGCUCGUCACCUAUCGAAUGUUUCAGGACUAUUGGCGAGAUCCGACCUAUCUCUACUCCAAAAUUGCCUUAUGUGUUGGCGCAGCUCUCUUUAACGGGCUGUCCUUCUGGCUUGUGUCCAAAGACGUUCAAGGACUCGUCAGUUCGCUCUUCUCCUGUUUUCUGUUAACGAUCGUCUUCAGCUCCGUCGAUCAGCAAAUUAUCCCUCGCUUCAUUGACAACCGCGCUCAGUUCGAGGCCCGUGAACAGCAGUCAAAAACCUAUAAUUGGGUCGUCUUUGUCGGGGCCAACGUGAUUGUGGAGCUGGUGUGGCAAUCCCUAACCUCAGUGUUAGUUUUCGUCGCAUGGUAUUAUCCAACUGGAUUCUGGCGCAACGGCCUCAACGAUAGCAGUUUCACCAUGGAUCAACGAGCGACUCUGAUGUUCCUCCUUAUCUGGGUUUUCUUUCUCUUCUCGUCCACCCUCUCACAGGCCAUUGCUGCUGGAAUAAACGACUCGCUCACUGCAGUCAAUAUCGCCAACCUCUUGUUCACGCUCUGUUUGCUUUUCUGCGGUAUUCUCGUGCAGCCCGAUGCAUUGGCCCGGUUCUGGAUAUUCAUGUAUCGAGUCGACCCGUUCACUUACCUGAUGGAUGGGAUGAUCGUUACUGCUCUCGCCAAUACCAAGCUCCACUGUGCGGCGAUUGAUCUGCUUCGGAUCGCAUUGCCUGCGAACACAACAUCCUGUGGCGACUACAUGUCUGCCUAUGUGAGCACUGCAGGGGGACAGGUGUUAAACCCCGAUGCCACGACCGGGGAAUGUCUGUUCUGCUCGAUUGGCGACACCAACGUAGUGCUAGAAGGCUUGGGAAUAAAUGUAGCUCACCGGUGGAGGGACCUGGGCCUCAUGGCUGUGUAUGUGGUGUUUAAUGUGGCUGCGACGUUCUUUAUAUACUGGCUUGCGAGGCUGCCAAAGGGCAUCAAGAAUGCGUGACAUUGUCGUUUCUUCUCAUGUACUAAUAAUAUUUUGAGCUCCACUCACAUGGGCUCAAUUUCCCUUUAGACCGCGGAUAACGUAUAUAAAUUGAGGAACAGUGUCGUGCAUCCCCACGCCGUGAUACCUUUGCCAGGGUGAUAAUCGCAUUCCAAUUCUUUCGGCACAGAUAUUGUUCAUUAUAGCGCUCGCAACCUCGAGGGUUCAU